AGAGUCUCCUACAUCUUUUCUUUUUCAUGCCGCCAUCAUUCCAUCGUACGGAAGAAAAUCAACACAAGUGAAAGAAAACUGAUGGAGAGUUCCGAAGGUUCUACAAUGGAUAAAGAGCUUCAAAGAAUUAAUACACAAAAACUCGAGUCGAAAAUUAACGCUUGGAGAGAAAGAGAAAAGGCAAAAGUAGAUCACAAAGCGGAUCGAAAGAUGGCUGAAACUCAGUCGUGGCAGGAGGAAAUGAAAGCAUGUAACGAGGCCAAAUCAAAAAUGAUUGAGGUAAGUGCAGAGAAACUGAGGAAACUGAAAAUAGAACAACUGAAAAAUAAGGAAGCUCAAGUUCAGAAGACAGUAGCAGAGAAAAAGGCAUCCAUCGAAGCUCAACGUGAGAAAGGGAAAAUUGCCAUUGAUGACAAGGCUGAAAAAUAUCGUGCCACUAAUACUCUUCCCAAGACCUGUUUUGUUGGCGACGUUCUCAAUCGAAAGCCCCCUGCACCUCCACCCCCGUGCUCCCAAAGGUGCAUAGAUCUGACACUCCAGCUGCGAUAA